CGCUGCUAUGACAUUCAGUCUGUUUAGUUGAGGCAUUAGCCUUGGUGGGAGGCAACUGCUGGAGGGAAAAUGGAGCUGAACUGUGCUGGAUUUUUACUAUUGAUGUUUUGUUCUGCCUAUAGUUAUCAGUUAAGAAGUGGACCCAGAUAUGGUGCAUUUGUGCAUGACCCUGAGCUGGAGUGGGAGAGAAUGCAGACAGUGAUCGGCGAAGAAAUGAAACAAGUCCCUGCGCCUGAACCCAAAUUCUGGAAGAGUGUGGCACGUAGUCAAACACCAGUACCAGAAGCAAAGAAAGUUCCUGAGUUUCUAAUAGUCUCGGCCUCUGAUCUCCAGAAAGAGGUGUUCAAGCCAGAAAAGGGUGCCAGACCUCUCCCUUCCUCGAUCUCUAAAAUGUUACUUGAAGCUACUGCUGCUCCUACAACUGCUGCAGCCGAUACCAGACCAAAACUGGUUGAAGUCCUGUGCCAUGUUGACAGAAUGUAUGUAAGAAUCAGGAAGGAGGUCUUUAAGUAUAAGGAUGCAUAUAAAUACAUUAAACUAGGCAGCUGUCCUGUUAAUCAGGGCACCAAAGACCAUUACUACUUCCUAUACCUUCUGAAAAAUGACUGUGGAUUCAAGAAAGAGAGUAAUGUGAAUGAUUUGUCCAUUCGCAAUACCCUCUACUACAAGCCAGAUGGUCCGGUCUUAAGGGCAAUGCCAUUUGAUGUCCCCUUGCAGUGUAAAUUUCCCAGAUUUUUCCACUCCUUCAAAGCUGGUUUCUAUCCCAACCUACAGGGAGGAACAAUUCGCAAAAUGCUCCAACCAAAAAGUAGCUUUACAAUUACCCCUCUAGAUGCAUCGGGUAAUGAAAUCACAGGAUCCAAAACUUACACCUUGGGCCAGCCGAUGUACUUUCAGGCCAAAGGACCAGACAGUUCUGGAUCUCAGAGGAUGUACAUCAACAAGUGCUUCAUGACAGCCUCCCAAGACUCGACUUCAAAUCCUAAAUAUACAGUCAUUGACAACCAAGGCUGCAUGAUCGAUAGCAAGGUGACCGUACUGUCAAAGUUCCUCACUGGCACCUCAAAGAUGGUCCAGAAAUUCAGCGUGGGUGCUCUGAUUUUCAAGGACACAGCUUCUACCUCGUCAACACGGCAACUCUACAUGCACUGUGAUAUCACAAUGGGGUCACUUACACCAACUCCGAGUUCAAAGGCCUGCAGUUAUGAUGCAACUGCCAAAAAAUGGAAGGAGCUGUACGGUGACGACUCCGUGUGUACCUGCUGUGAAACCACCUGCACCUCAGCACUGCCGAAGGCUUCAAGAACUAUGAUCUCUAGCCACUCUUGGAAGGUUGACUUGAGCAGCCAGAAUGGAUAUGCAGAGGUCGAUCCGCAGAUGAAAUCCUUUGACACUGACGCCUUCAGUUUGGAGGACCCCGACAUGGCCGAGCAUAUAGGCUUUCUGAACUACUGGGAUCAUGAUUACUGAAUUGUCAUGUCAGAAUUUUAAAUACAGUAAUUUCUCAAACUUUG